AUGAAUUUCUGCCAUAAGCAAUGGUUGUUUUUGUUGAUAUCCUCAGUCACCUCUAGCAUGUGCCGUUUCGCCAACGAGGCCGAGAGUAAUAAUUUUAAACAUGAAACGCACACACAGCCCAUUAAAACGGCACAGAGUCAGACCACCAGUGAAAACGAUCGAAGCGGUGAUUUAACUUUAGACUUACAUGAGAGUUUACGUUUUGAACCACCACAGUUAGAUUUUGGGGCAUGGUCGGUGGGAAUGGUGCGUUCUCACACCGUUACAUUAGUGAAUCAGAAUUUAAAUCGCAGCGUUUAUUUAAGUUCAAUAACCGGUCGAACUCCCGCCUUCUAUACAAGUUUUUUCGAAGUGAAAAUGAUACCGCCAAAUAGCAAUACAACGUUCAGCGUUGUCUUUCUGCCUCGCGAGCAGGGCGCGAUAAGUACAGAUUUACACAUACAUACAUCGUUCGGGGUGGUCGGUUUAUGGGUACGCGGCGAAGGUCGGGCAUGCCCAUAUCGCUUAAAACCUAUAAUAGGUAUUAAAGCCCCUCUAAACGCUACCCUAAUGCCAGAAAUACACAUGUAUAAUCCGCAUAUGAAUUCUCUACAAAUUUUAGAGAUAUACAGUAGUGGUGGUCAAUUUCAAUUGGAGUUACCAAGUGGCGAUCAAGAGGCGCCUCAAGGACUAUGGGAAAUACCACCACACACCACGAAACCCAUAAUACGCAUACGCUUUCAAGGCUUGGCAGCUGGCAAUUACAGUGCGUACAUUCGCAUUAAAAUCGCGGGGCCUUUGCUUGGAGAAGAACAUAAAGAUAUCUUAGUAAUACCAGUAGAAUUUGAGAUUACUUCCGAUUAUGAUUUAUAUGCUGAAAAUCCAUUAUUAGAUCUUGGCCAUGUGACGGUCAAUUCAGAAACGAAUCCUAUACAACGUCAUAUAUAUAUACGACAUUCUAAGCACGAAUUCAGAUUAAACUCACUGCAAUGUUCAAACGAACAAAUUAACAAGGGUUUCGAAUAUAAUUCAAAAAAUUCUACUUUAACCAUAAAGCCUCAAAUGUUGACGUAUGUUGCUGAUGGUGCGUCUGUGAGCGAACGUAUUGUACUUAAAUUAGUAUCGCCCAGUAGUGGUAUUGCUGUGCAACAUUCCGUGCAACUUUUAAUUAGAUUCGAGUUAUUCAAAGGCUCUUUUCAUUACGAUCGCCAUAUCAACCGGUUGACAUUAAAGGACUUCAUUAAAGGACAACGACGUUUUGUAUUUCAGAAUCUUUUUCAGCAGCCUUUAACUGUUUAUAAUGUAAGCCUGCGCAAGGAACAAGGUGAUUCCGCCUUAACCAUUAAUUCGCCUUCGUUGAGAGUUGAUGGGUCGAUUUUAGUACCACAUGCCACUUUCGAGAUGGACUUAAAGCUAUCUAAACGAGACUCUAAAGAUCUCAACUAUAACACGACACUACAUAUUUAUACAAACUUGACAUGUUUUGAUAUUCCUGUUUCUCUGUGCUCAGGACUUUUGCACGUGUAUACUCAAACCAAUACCAUAUGGCGUUCAAGCUCCUCAGUCUACAGUACUGAGUUGAACUUAGGCUCCAAGCCUCAGACUAGUUUUGUAAUAGUACAAAAUCGUAAUCCGAUCAGUGUAAAAAUCACCAAUUGGAGGAUGCAGUCAGUGAGAGCGGUACGAUGUUCCAUUAUGUUUUUGGGUUGCGUAAAAGCCUCCUCUGCAAAGUCUCUCGAUACCCAUAUAAUCGUCGAUUUGGUGAAUACUAACUAUACGUUUGACGACAAUCUAAACGAGGGCGACGUGGCUGUGUUUAGUGUGGAACUGCAUCCGCAUGCUCGUUCAUUACUGGAAUUAAGCGAAUAUCCUAUAAAUCAAAUGAUGAUAAUUUCAACUCAAUAUGAAAAUAUAACAGUAAAUAUAAAGCUAUUCAUAUCAAACGGUCGUCUGGAAGUAGAUCAAGAGAAGUUACACUUCAUCAAUUGCUUCCCGGGUAAACUUUGCUCUUCCGAACUGAGUAUACGUUCAACUUACAAAUAUCCUUUGAACAUACGUAGUAUCAAUUUUACCGAACCGGGUUUCCGAUUUGAAGAUUUCCAGCAAUAUGGCUCCAAGAUAUCCCCUGAAACAGUUACCACUGUUGCACGAAUUUAUUUCGAACCGGCCCUCUUAUGCGGUUCACGUUGUUACAUAUCUCCUUAUACAGAUGAGGUGGUCACGUUUCUUAACAAUUUUGAAGGCAAUAAUCUUCACAUUCCUCAUUUUGAUGAAGUCGAAUUGAGACGGCGGACCGAAUUGUAUCGUCAUUUUAAAUGGUAUUUUCAGAAUAUUGAUUUUAUCAUGACCACGAAAGAUUCAGUACAAUUUCAAAUGAAUCUCAUCAUUGAACUAGAAUGGCCACAAUUAGUGGGUAGUGCUGCUGUACUGCCUACCACAGAAGUGAAUAAAACACAGGAGUAUGGCGUAACAAUCACGAAUCCGGCCGACACUCCUAUACUGGUUGAUUAUUUUUUAGCUGAUCCGUCACUGGCAAAGCAAGCGCAACUUUCUUUACCGCUUGAAGUUAUUGUAAUUGCACCAAGUUGUUAUCUCACAGAUAAAGCGGUAUUUUCUCUAGUCAACAAUCCUCCUGAAACGCCGUUACUAAUAGCCGCGGGAGGAAGCGUUUCAGUCCCCGUUAGAUUUCGUUCGCACACUACGGGAACUUAUUGCACUCUGCUGCAUGUUCGCAAUAAUUUAACCUUAUAUGAGGCUAUCUGGCUUAGUGCUAAGACAGCCCAAUCGCAAUUUCGUUUAAGUAAUCGCAAGCCCGGCUCACUAAAUCCGCUCCUCUUUGAAAUAAGCGAACUGCAAAUGGAACGCGUUUGUUCUGCGACACAAAAUCCAAGUAAGGCUGGUGUGGAUGUCGCACACAAGCUUCUGGCAAAACGCGUCUUUACGGCUCGUAAUUCUGGAGAAUUACCUAUUUGGAUAAAAGGAAUAUUUAUAGAUGAUCAGCCAUGUACCGGUUAUGGUUUUAGUACAGCUGAUUGUUCGCCGUAUGAGUUAAAAACGAACGGUACACGUAGGAUUGAGAUUAGUUUUCAGCCGGAUUUCACUGUUACACGUAUUACGAAACCGUUUAUUUUGAAAACCAACCAUUCGUUUGGAUUUGAUUAUGUGCUUGUAGCACAAUUGCCGAAUAAAGGCUUGGAACGUUGUAUUGCCUUGUUGCCUCGUCCUUUUUGGGAAUCACGUAUACGUAGCGCAGCAAUUGUAGUUUUAUCCAUAAUGUUUGCCUUGGUGCUUAUCGCUGCCCACAUAGAUUACGGCAACAUAUGCUAUCAACAGUCGAAACUUUCUUUGGCCCGGGAUAAAGCACAGAUGCAACCUUUUAAUUUGCGCAAUAUAGCAAUGCGUUCCCAUUCGUCUAAUGAGACAUCUGGAAUAGAGGCCGUUACUGGUAAAACUAAGGAGAAGUCUAAUGCUAGUGAUGGUAAUGGAAACAGCGGUUUAAAGAAACGAAACGCUAAUAAAAAUCAAAAGUCAUUUUCGAAUGUAGAAACAAAAUCUUCAAUUACUAAACGUAAUCUAUCCUUGGCGGAUAUGGUUAAUUGGACUUUUGGUAGUGGUGAAUCCCGUAAGCGUCUGGCUAAGGACAAAAGCGAAACAUUGUUAACAUCUAAUGUGUCUAAUAAUUCUAACGGUAGUCAUAAUAAUAGCUCGCCUAACGACAGCACAGCCAAAAAUCUUAAACCUAAGCUGACUGAAAAGACUUUAUUAGAUAAAAUGGACGGAGGAUUGAAAAAGUUAACAUCAUAUCCUAAGAUUAGUAACAAGAAAAACAAAAUCUUUGAAACCGCAGCUACGGAAGAUUUAAUUAAGUUAUCUAAAACAGAAGAAGAAGUUCAUGAAAAGGAAAGCAAAAAGGAGAAAAAUUCCCCUAAAACGAAUGCUAAAGCAUCCAUUAAAGCAUCAAAGACGUGUGUAGGUGCUUUAACGCCACCUAAUAUUAAAGACCUAAAUGUAUGUGCAGGUCGCAAAUUAGGUAAAACACCGGGACGCGAGAGACGUAAAAAUUGCUCUAUAGAUGUCGGUUCUUCGCUUCACUCUUUAUCGUCAGCCUCGUCGUCUUCAUGUUCCUCUUCCACGUGUUCUGCAUCUUCAAUGCAUUCUCAACAUUCGUCGUCACACAAAACUCGAGCAGAUCGUAAAACUAAACUAAAAGCCUCAAAUUCUUUAAAUUUCUCUACCAAUGCUACCAAUACUUCUAUGCCAUCGACUGAUUCUAUUGGGAAGUCUGAAAAACAAAAAGAAUCUUCUACAGUUUUAAACGACUGCCUUUAUGUAGGAAAUUGUAUUACAUCACCUUGGGAAACUAAUAGUCAAGUAACGUUCAGCGAUGUCCUGCAAUCACAAUCCUCAAAGUCCGCUACAACUAAGCAUACAUUUCUGGAUGAUCUCUUGCCGACACCAGCGUUACAAUCCUCGUCAUUGGAAAGCUCAGAACUUCUCGCUACUUCGACAACGUCACAAACUCCAGCCCAAAAAUCCGAAUUGGGUCCUAUUGGUUCACGUAAAUCACCAUCUUCCACUCCUGUGUGGGAAACAUUUCAUAAUGGCAAUGCUUUGGGUUCAGUCUCUUCAUAUUUCCCUGAUUUGUUAUCCCAUACUUUAGGCAAUCCUUACGGCUUUGACGAUCAUUCACAACAACAACAACAGCAACAACAGCACCAACGCCAAGAGCAACAUCAAUCACAGCAAAGCAGUUUAUUAACUAAUCAUUUAUAUGAGAUACAUGCCCAAGAUGAACUACCAUGCCAAUGGCAGCAGACGAGCGAUUAUUUGCGAAAAUUACGCGAACAGCAAAUGUCAGGUCAUAACAAUUCACAGCAACAACAACAGCAACAAUUCUUAGAAGGCACGACGUGUUCUUCAGUAACCAAAUUAGCAGGUAAUAAUUGGUCCCAAUUGAAUUGCACUUCGUGGCCAUCGAUGGUUAACUCUAAUGCCGUUGUUCCGGCAACUUCUACGAAUGCUGUCAAUUUUGACCCAACUAAUCAAAGUGCCCACUCUUGGAAUUUGGCAGCAACCACAACUACAACGUCUAAUAUGAUACGUCCACCCCCAGGUCUGGAGAAGCAUUAUAUUCUUAAUCAAAAACAACAAAUGCCUACUGCUACCAUGACCAGCUCAGGGAUAGUGGCCAUAAAUGGCUCAGUUAAUGAUUUGUCAACAGAGGCUACCGAGAAUAUACCAAUUUUUGAUCCCUUUGGUUUGAGUUCAAUCUGGACGAAUAACUGGAAACAAAAUUUAGGACAAACGCAACAAAAACAGCAACCACAGGCAAGGCCGGUACCAGCACCGUCUCAACAGCAGCAGUAAAUUAGUGCAAUAACAAAUAUAUUGUUAUCCUUCUGCCACCUACGCACACAAGUCUACCAUACUUGAAGGUAUUUCGCAAAG